AUAAUUGUGACGUUCUACACACGUACACAUGUCUGCUCCGUCACUAUGGCUGCAAGAGACGCGAAAUGGUGGUGAGACCUUGCUUGAAUACAAUUAGACAAAAAAUAUUCAUUAUACCUCUUAUCUGACAUUGACUGGUCUAUGUUAUGGGAACGGCGUAUGCUAUUUCCAUACGAGGAACCAUUUUGUUCAGUAUUUGCACUGAAAAGAAGAGGAUUAACAGGAGAACCCAUCAGUUGCUUUCAUUCAGACUUGGUAGCUGUUAAAAUUAUGUAUGCAUCACGCCCGAAUACAUGGUAAAUAAUAAUGCCUGAAGUUAAUUGAAUGUCAGCGUUUUGUUACUGGAAAAGAAGACGUAUUUUAUAUUCCACAUCUUGCCGCGUUAAACCAGUCUGGAUAUACCGCUAAAAUCCGAUUUAGUGUGUACAGCACCGCAUUCUCUGUCUCAAGAAACUCAGGAUUACUGCACAAUUGUCCAUUUUGUUUGAACUGAUUUCCAAGUCCUGCUUCGUAUUUCAGAAAGAACAUCCCUACUUCAAAUAAUCUAAUGUCGAAAAUGUACCACAAAGAGAAAAGCAUUCCGAUAAAGAGCAGCGCGUCCGCGCUGUACAACAACCUGAGCGUCCUGCGCAUCGCGCCGCGCUGCCUCACCUAUUUCACGGUGGUCCACGCCAACGUGGUAAACAUGGUCAGCGCCUCCUGGGACGGGCUGAACUAUUCCCACCGACAGCUGCAAUCUAAAGAAGGCAACGUGACCACCAGCUCCUCACUUAUCAUGCAGGCAGCCUGGUGUGUCCUGCCCUCAAGAGAUCUUCUAGUUCUCACUUCUCAGAAAGGAAUCCAGAUGUAUGAAUCAGAUGGAUCCAUUAUGGUCUAUUGGCAUGCCCUGGACACACCAGAGACCCCCACAGCUAAAGCAGUGUUUGCCCGAGGGAUUGCAGCGGUGCGGGAAAAACACAUUUGUGUAGGGGUCUCAUCUGGCUCAGUGCUGGUGUUUGAUGUUCCCAGUAAAGGCAGUAACAUCACCCUGUCUGAGGUUUUGGAGGAACACAAAGAGGCCAUUACAGACAUGGCCUCUGAGUGCUCAGGCAGUCUGGAGUGCAUUGCUGAUUUAGUUAGCGCUGAUGACUCUGGCCUCCUCUGUGUGUGGAAAUCAGGAGAGGAUUUUCAACUGCUCAACAAGAUCCCUGGUUUUGACACAAGUUGUUCUUCAGUAAAACUAUGGAAGGGCACAGUCAUUGCUGGCUAUGGGACGGGACAGAUCCGUCUGUACGAGGCAGUCACAGGUAUACUGCAUGCAGAGGUCAAUGCCCAUGCACGCUGGAUCUACUCAUUGGACAUUGCCCCAUUCACUGGCCUGCUGCUCUCUGCAGCAGAAGACUCUUGGAUUAGAGUGUGGCAUCUGAGCUUGACCCCAGAAACUAACAGUGUUGAGAUCGAGCACAUGUAUAAUGAGUGUGUGACUGACACACAGAUCUGCGGAGCCAAGUUCUGUGAUGGGGACGGCUACGCAUUUGCAGUGACCGGCUAUGACUUGAGUGAGAUCAUCCGCUACACACAAGCCUAGUCAGGAAUACAUCAUGCACUUCUAACACAUUCCCAUUGGUCAUGAAUGAUCACCUGCAGCAGGAAGGUCAUGUCUUGACCAAAUAUUGGUGAAUAAAUUGGUGUGAUAAUGCAGGGUCAGGGUGGAGUGAAUGUUUUCUUAAAACUGUAUAGAUACUACCUGAAAUUGCCUAAAAAGCCCCACUUGAACACCAGGAGUCUGUGUUAAGUAUGUCUACAUGACUGGCAGUUGUCCUGAAUACAAAAAUACACUUUUGGGCUCUGAUAUUGAGGUAAACUGUAAAACAACAGAACAUAUAGAUCCCCUUCUAAUCUGGGUAGAGAAGUAUCAAUAUAAACAUGUUAAAAGAGGUUGUUGCUCCUCAAAUAAUUUGUUUAGUAAAUGUACUUCCUGAAGUGUUAUUGAACAAUUUAUUUUACCUCUGAAAAAUUUGGGGUUUGCAAAUGAAUCAGAUGACAAGUAAUCAUAUUUGUGGUUCAGAAAACAGAAGUUAUCAAAAUAGUUUUUAUUUAAUAUGUUAUAUUAUAAAUAUUAAAUACUGCAAGAGACUAUUUUUUUCCAAAGGGAAUUAUAAUGUUCUUUAUAUUUGUCUUAUUGCCUUAGAAAUAAUCACAUUGUGUCUAGAUAGUUAUUUCAGCUUGAUGUUAAAGCAAAUAUUUUAUACUAUAUGUCGUUGUCUUAGUCUUUGUUAUUUUCUGUUUCAUUGUAAGCAAUUGUCAGUGACAAUUCAGCAAACUAUUAAAAAAAAUGUUUCACUCA